AUGCCCCCCCAUCCUCUCGCCAUCCUGUCUGAACAGGAAACAACCCGCGCUCGCGAUGUUGUCCUUGCCUCUUAUACAGACAAGGUGAUCGAUUUUCGCGAGAUCUACCUCCUGGAACCUCCUAAAGCUCAGUUGAAGGAGUACUUGGCACUAGAACACUCCGCCAGACUAAGUCCAACAAGUCCCCGUCCUCCACGUCUUGCUCUAUGCCAGUACGAUGUGAUUGGGACAGACCGUCUACCGGAAUACCAUGAAUCGGUUGUAGAUGUUGAGUUAGGAAAGUGUGUGAAGCAUCAGGUUGUAGGAAAACCCCAUCAUGCUAGUAUAAUCCAGAAGGAGUUUGAUAUUCUCGUGGAACGCUGUGAGACGUCUUCACUUUUCAAGCAGGCACUGUCUGACUUUGAUCUGCCCGAGGGAUUCGAGGUCGUUAUUGAACCAUGGCCCUAUGGCCCUGUGGACUACCCGGAGGAAAACCGCCGUUAUGUCCAGGCGUUGUGCUUCGCGCGCGACACUCGUUCCGGAAAUCCAGAUGCCAACUUUUACUCGUACCCUCUGCCGGUGAUUCCCGUUAUGGACGCUGUCACGCAGGAGAUUGUUCGUGUCGAUCGUCCCGCGACAGGAGGCAAGGGGGAGGGCCUGCGAGAGCAGACAUUCAACCGCGACAUCAUUGGCCACUGCAAAGCUUCAGAUUACAUUCCAGAGCUGCUGCCUGAAGGAACUCGGAAGGACUUGAAACAGCUGAACGUGGUUCAGCCAGAGGGCCCGUCUUUCCGCAUCACCGACGAAUCGUUGGUUGAAUGGCAAAAGUGGCGGUUCCGUGUGGGAUUUAAUCCGCGCGAAGGCGCUACAAUCCAUGAUGUCUGGUAUGAUGGCCGUAGUGUCAUGUACCGUCUAAGCGUCAGUGAAAUGACUGUUCCAUAUGCAGACCCCCGACCGCCGUACCAUCGGAAACAGGCCUUUGAUUUCGGUGAUGGUGGUGGUGGAAAUAUGGCAAACAAUCUCUCCUUAGGUUGUGAUUGUCUGGGACUGAUCAAGUACUUUGACGCAGUCGCCACUGAGGCCGACGGCACGGCUAAGAAAUUACCAAAUGUCAUCUGCCUGCAUGAACAGGACAAUGGUAUUGGAUGGAAGCACUCCAACUGGAGGACUGGACGUGCAGUCGUCACUCGCCACCGUGAAUUGGUAGUCCAAUUCAUCAUCACACUGGCCAACUACGAAUACAUCUUCGCGUACAAAUUCGACCAGUCCGGAGGCAUCACCCUUGAAGCACGAGCAACAGGGAUCUUGAACGUUGUGAACAUUGAUGCCGGAAAGACCAGUGAAUAUGGCAACGUGGUCAGUGAAGGAGUUCUCGCCCAGAACCACCAACACGUCUUCAACGUCCGUAUCGACCCCGCGAUUGACGGUCAUGAAAAUUCCGUAAUUGUCGAAGAAGCUCACCGCGUGCCGAUGAACCAAGAGACGAAUCCGAAUGGGAACUUCUACAAGAUCGUCAGGACUCCCGUGGAGCGAGCAGGCUGGCUAGACGCAGCACCAGAGCUCAACCGCACUGUCAAGAUUAUCAAUCCUCAUAAGAUAAACCCCAUCAGCAAGAAUCCCGUGGCAUACAAAUUUCAACCCCUGCCAACGCAGCUGCUCCUCGCCGACCCAGACUCCAUCCAGGCUCGUCGUGCACAGUUUGCUCAGCAUCACGUCUGGGUCACCAAAUACAAAGAUUAUGAACUCUAUGCCGGCGGAAGAUACACAUUACAGAGCCGGGAAGAGAUUGGUGGCGUUGCAGAUGCGGUCCAGCGCGGUGAAAGCGUCACUGACACGGAUCUGGUCGUGUGGACUUCGUUUGGCAUCACGCAUAUUCCCCGUGUGGAAGAUUGGCCCGUCAUGCCCGUCGAAACGUUCCAGCUUAUGAUUCGGCCGUAUGAUUUCUUUACCGAGAAUCCUUCACUUGACGUGCCCUCGAACAAGAACUUGUCCUCGACGUUGGCGCCUGCGAAUUGCUGCCGACAUUCACAUAUUUAGCCUGUCUAGUCGUGUAGAUGAAAUUUUGUUGUGGCGUAUAUAAAUCAACUGCAUGCAUAUUCCGUACAUGCGAUAGAUAAAAGACCCCCAGCCUCGGUACCUGCUGUACAUUCAGGUGUGUACACGUCUAGAGGCAUGCCUAUGAAAAAGAUGAAAAUGAAUAUUUGUUCAACCAUUAUUUAUUGAUGGCAAAAGACUUAAUGAUGUACAGCAUCGUAUAAUACAACAGCAAUAUUUGAUGUGGA